AUGGUCCCCGACCAAGCGCCGCUGCACCCGUCUGGCUUCACGGGCCCCAGAGUCCGCUCCCGCGGCCAGGGUGGCCCUCCUUCGGAAGCGGGGAACGUCAGGGCUCCCCCCUCGCUGUGUCCCCGCCUAGGCCCCCAGCACCUCCGCGGACAGCGCUCGACCGGACCACGCGGCGCCCACAGCCGCAGCCCCCCCCCCCCCCGCAAAGGCAGCUGUCGUGGGCUGGGCCGCACAGCCCCUGGCGCCCCCGUCGCACCCGGCACCUGGCGCCCCGGGCCCAGUGCAGCCGAGCACGCUGCGGCCGGCUUCUGCGGCCGUGCUCAGGGUGGUGGCGCCCUGCACCCCUAUCUGCAACACCAGACCCCCGUUCUGGAUGGCCCUGGGGGGGCACCUCGGAGGAGCAGGCACCGUGCUGCGGACGCUGCUGCCCGCCCCUGGCCGUUACACACCUCUGGGCCGGACCCCUGCUGGACGGCAGAGGGCAGGCUGGUGUCCGAGCAGUUCCUGCAGACCCCGCAGAAGCUGUCCCCCUACAGCUGGUACGGCAGCGCCAGGCUCUUCCGCUUCCGCGUGCCCCCCGACACCGUGCUUCUGCGCUGGCUGCUGGGGGUGGCCAGGGCCGGCGGCCCGGCCUGUGCCCAGGCGGAGGUGACCGUGCACUUCCGCUACGGCGCCCCCCCGGUGAUCAACCCGCUGGGCACCGACUUCGCGCCGGACACCUCGGUGCGCCCCUCCUUCUUCGUGAAGAUGCUGCACGGCAACAGCUCGGUCAACCUCUCCCACCCGGCGCCCGGGGACUGGUUUGUGGCCGCCCACCUGCCCCCCGCGUCCCAGAAGAUUGAGGUGCAGGGCUUCAUCCCCGCCUGCGCCUACGUCUUCCAGCCGGACAUGCUGCUGCUGCGGGCGGUGGAGGCGGCCAUCCUGGAGCCCGGCCUGCCGCUGCCGCAGACGCUGCGCUCGCUCCCCAGCUACCUCAAGUGA